AUGUCAGAAUUUAUCCUUGGAAAAGUGGCUUUUGAAACCAAUCUGUAUGCAGAGCAAUAUUUAAAACAAGAAGAUAUAGCCCCAAAAUCUAGAGUGAAAUAUUGGAAGCCAACAAAUAUUGGAGAACUUUAUGUGUUUUUAGCUACAAGUAUGCUUAUGGCUCGUAACAAAAAGCUAGAAAUAAAUGAAUAUUGGUCAACAGAUCCACUUCUAAUGUCACCCAUUUUCAGUAAAAUUUUGAGCAGAGAUAGGUACUUACUAAUUUUACGUAUGUUACACUUUUGUAAUAAUGAAAACCAAAAAUCUGGAGAUAGACUUUUUAAAUUAGAUGUGGUAUUGGAUGAAAUCCGUGCCAAUUUCAAGGCUGGUAUGGUACCAUUUCAAAAUUUAGUUAUUGAUGAAAGUUUAGUGUUGUGGAAAGUGAGAUUAAGUUUUAAGCAGUUUAUAAAAUCUAAAAGGCAUCGCUUUGGUGUAAAACUGUUCGUAUUAUGCGAUGUUGAAACCGAUUUUAUUUCAGAUAUUAUAAUUUAUACUGGUGCUGAAACUUGUCUAUUACAAUGUGAUAAGAACAUAGGAAUAUCUAGGGCAGUUGUUAUGACUUAA